AUGAAUACGGCAUGGAAUAGGCUUAGAGGUCGUAAGGAAUUCAAGGUUAUUCAGGGCUGGAUUCGAGCGACUGAGGUCACUCAAGAAGAACAUCGGAAAGGCUAUGCACAUCCGCAUUUUCAUGUGCUGCUUAUGGUUCCGUCUUCGUAUUUCAAGACUUCUAAAUACAUCACUCAUGAUCGUUGGCUUGAGCUGUGGCAGGAAGCUAUGCGUGACCCAUCAAUCACUAACGUUAAUAUUCGCACAGUAAAACCACGGAAGCCUAAAGAGGGUGAAACGGUUGUAGAUAGUACCGUUCAGGCAUUGGAGGCGAGUGGUGGUGUUUCUGAAACGCUGAAAUAUAGCGUUAAACCAUCGGACAUGAUUAGUGACCCAGAUUGGUUUUUAGAGAUGACACGGCAGGUUCAUAAAAAGCGCUUUCUGGCGACAGGGGGAGCAUUGAAAGACAUGCUCAAGGAAACCGAAGAAAGCGAAGAAGAUCUUUUGCUGAAAAGCGAAGAUGACAGCAGUACGGAAAUUUUAUCCGAUGGAUAUCUUUAUGCGUUCAACUGGCGAUCUGAUGAUCGGAUGUAUCGAAGAUAUGAAAAAGGGGAUGUGUUCCCUACGGUGGAUGAAUGA